AUCAAGCUAAGCAAUGCUUGUAUUCAUAUCCCAAUGCAUGCAAACACUGAAUUGUUAGCCAGCCGUCUCGCUCCACUGAAGGAAAAAGUUUGAGGAUAACAAUAAAAAAAGUUAAGUUUCCCCAUAAUAAAAGCGGUGAAACAGGUUGGACUUGCUGUGUGCGUUGAGUAUUUCUUAACAGCUGAUAGAAGUAGGGACCAAAAGUAGGGUUUGGAAGGAGUGUCUAGUGACGUCUCGUCAAUGGUUUCGAUUACCAAUUGGUCCGGGCCAGGGAACUGUUACAGCUUAUGAAAUGUGACGGCCCAUUUCUGGAUUAACACAGUUCUUUUUACCUCAUUUGUAAAACACCUUUUGGAAUAGGUCGCAGACCUGUUAACAAAUUGAUUUCACCUAUCUUGCCAGGAACACCGCCUCCGUAACAAUUACUAGGAUUUGGUGCUGCAAAACACAGCGAAACACGAUGGACCAUCUGGUGCGACUUCUUUCUGUUCUUGGCGUUCUUUUAGCAUGUGUUACACUGAUACAUGCGCAAGCAGCAUGUCAAAACAACCCGUGCAAUAAUGGAGCACAAUGCCAAGAAGCUAUCCUGGAUCCCGGAUACGUAUGCCUGUGUUCGGUAGAGUGGAUUGGUAGACAUUGUGAUCAAAACGCGGAACAAUACUUUAGACUUAUCCACUCGAAGUACGAGUUUAGCCCAUGCAGUCGGGUGUUCUUCGGCACUUCUGGUGUCAUAACCUCUCCGAAUUGGCCGAGUGAGGCGGGGACAAACGAAGCGUGCGCGUACUCUGUGAGGAUACCAACAGCUACGACCAUCACCUUGACUGUGCACUAUUUUAAUAGUGAACCUCAUAAGGACGCGCUCUACUACACUGCUGGUCCAGAUUUUGAUAUACUUGACAUUGACAGAGAGUUCAACGGCAAUAAUACUAAUCAACUCGGAGUUAUACAGGCGAUUGGGGUCAACCAAGUGACUCUGUUGUGGGAAUCCGAUCAUAACAUACUAAGCAAAGGGUUCAACAUAUCCUACGGCAUCCAAUCUGACCCCUGCUUCCAGAACUUAUGUGCAAACGGCGCCACCUGUCGACCAGAUGGGCUUCGAUAUACCUGCGAAUGCCCAAUUCAGUACAGUGGAACAUAUUGCAACCAAGUGGUGGUUCUGGUGCAAAGUACACUUCCUGUAUUGGCUUCUGGUGCUCAGGUUAUUGAAGGAAGAUCACUCCAAACAGUCCAGUUCAACCUCCAGUUAACCCCCUCAUCGCGGUCCAUUGGGAACGUUUUUGGAACUGGGCUGUGGCAGGUCAACACGUUCCUAAGCGGUAGCCCUACUGGAGCUGGGCCACGACUGAAUGUGGUAGGUAACGUGGUGGACCUCAACUCAGAGCAGAGCAGCGUUCCGUGGAUUCCACCGUCUCUGGCGGUGAUUGGCAACAUCCGGGGAGAUUUUAACACGAACCAGGUGACGUGCUCGCAGAUGGCCUACCUGUGUGCAACGAUUGGACGUGGUGAAAAUCCGAGUGUGGAUUUCACAAUUGCCGGUGAUCCUACUGAUCAGUCACUACUUGGCUGUGCCCCCCUCUCAUGCGUGGGAGUGGAAAUCAUCUUUACUCGCUUGACAAUCACAUCAGGGGAUACCUUGCGUGAAGGAUAUCUUUCCCCUAAUAUCGGCUUCGACAUAAACAUGUCUCCAAGGGCAUCGGCAGGAAGUGUGUCCGGCUCCAACUUGUGGAACGUAACCAUCUUUGGCAGUGCUAACAGUAAUGGAUUGGGACCAAGGGUUGGUGAAACCGUGGUGGUUCUGAAUCAACAACAAGCCGGGGCAGACGUGGUACUUGGGCAAGAUACUGUCCUGCAAGGAAUCAGCACGCGGUGGAAUCUGAACUCGGGCGUCAGAUGUGCUGAGAUUCCUUACUUCUGCGCCCUGGUUGAAAAGCACAACAACCCUAGCCCAGAUUUCUUCUUGUCUCAGCCGCCGGAGAUCGCAUGCCAGCAGAUAACCUGCAGAGGUGUGGAAGUGACGAGCACCUCCAUUUCUCUUAGCAAUGGCAACCCCAUCAUCGAACGAGAUAACGCACAUCAGGUGACCUUUAACCUUGGAAUAAACACUCAUCCUGAAGGAGGAAGAGUCAUCGGGGAUGCCCUUUGGGAAGUCAGAAUUUAUUACAGCACGAGUGAUGUAAUAAACAGUGGUCUUUCCCCCACAUCCUUGGUUGAAUUGACAGACUUUCAAGCCGGGAUGGACAUCUUUACACCAGGAAGUCCGACCACUCUGAGCGGUGUCUCUGGGACACUGAAUUUGAAUUCCGCUCUCUGCAGGAACAACCAUUUCGUAUGUGCCGUUCUCUCAAGGAACCCACUGUCAAACCCUACUUUCACGCUUUCACCAGCUCCUGGACUUGAUGAUAGUGUGCUGACGUCAUGUGCUCCAGUCCAAUGCCAAGGAGUUGUUAUCAACAAUGUGGACUUCAAUGUUCAGUCAAGUCAACCUCUCCAAGCGAGCUCUUCAAACAACCUUCUCAAUUUUAACUUCUUGGCCAAUUCCCUAGCCUCUGGGGCUAGUGUCGCUGGGCAAAACCUCUGGCAGCUGGAAAUCUUUGCCAACACGCUUGGUAGCGGCCAGGGAACCACCAGCCUCCUCCAAACUGUGAACCUGCCCUCGGGGCUUGGCGAUACAACUCUCCUGGCAGGGAACUCCCUCAAUUUCAACAAUCUGCAGGUGAACUUUGACCUGACACCCUACGCAUGCGCAGACAUCCCGUUCUUCUGCGUGAGGCUCAGUAGAAACCCAUUUUCCAACCCGGAAUACACUCUUUCCGGAUCCUCGGCCAACUCUUUAGUGAGCUGCAAGAGCGUUCCUUGUAACGAUCGUGACCCCUGCGAAAACCACCUAUGUGUUAAUGGAGCCACUUGCGUGGAGUCAGGAUUGAAUUAUAUAUGCACUUGUGCACCCGGUUGGACUGGUACAUUCUGUCAAACCCCAAUCAACCUUUGUGCAAGCAACCCCUGUGCUAAUGGAGGAACCUGUCAGAACUUCCAAACAUUUUUCACAUGUAUAUGUCCCCUUGGAUGGGAGGGUGAUCAAUGUCAGAUAAGUGAUACUGGUGUUAUAAUGCAGUUUGUGCGGCUGCUGAUCAACUCUGGUGUGGUGCGUCAGGCUACUGCGUUCAAUUUCCUCAACGUUGAUGUUGAGCUGAACAGCAACCCAGCGGGAGACGAUGCCACGGGAUCAGGACUGUGGCAGGUCACCAUUUACCCCAGUACCUCUCUCAAUGGUCUUGGGACACCCCCAGCUCCUGGGGUCACCCCCUUCCUGAAUUUUGACCAGUCAGGGGUUGAUCUUGUGUCAGGUGGUCAGGCUACGAUCGAAGGUGUCAGCGUUAACCUGGAUUUGGCGAACUUGUCCUGCUCAGACUUUCCUUAUCUCUGUGUAAGGGUCGCCAAAGGGCAGAACCCAAAUCCAAAUUUCUUACUUGGAGGCACUUUGAUCGGCUGUUCAUCUUCUAACUGUAGAGGAGUAAAUAUAACAACGCUUGAUCUGACGCUUCUGUCUGGAUUCCUUCCUGAUGAGAACAGUGCAACAAACCCCAUUCAAUUCAGCCUGUCAUUUUUCAGCGAUCCCUCAGGUGGAAGUGCAACAGGAACUAACUUGUGGUCUAUUAACACCUUUGUCAGCAAUCAGCCCGAUGGUUCAGGUCCCCGGCUGAGCCUGAGGACCAACGUCCCCCUCACCAGCAUCCAGGGGUCCGUGCCAGCAGUCUCAGGACAGCGGAGACAGAUCCAGAACGUGGGCACCAAUGCCGACCUGACCAAUGUGGACUGCAGCGAGUUCCAAUACUUCUGUGCAGAGCUCACCAAGGGUCCGAACCCCAGCUUGGAUUUCGUCAUAGUCCCUCAAAGCAGUGUAUCCUGUGUGAAUAUUAACUGCAAUGGUGUGACUAUCAAUAGCAUCUUUGCAAGCAUCAGCAAUGGAUUCCCCGUGACCAGUGGCCAGGUCAAUCCCAUAACAUUCGACCUCACCGCAACGGCUGUCCCGGCCUCUGCCAGCAUCAGCGGAAACAACCUUUGGCAGAUCCAAGUCUACACUACCAACGUCAACAACGGUGACCCGCCCAGUGGCUCGUCACAACUGCUGGCCACAUUGCCUGGAAACCAGGCCAGCUUGGACUUGGUGGGAGGAGGUACUCUACAGUUCACCAAUGUACAGGGGCAAGUGGACCUGACAAACGUACAGUGUACUCCAAACACCUACAUCUGCUUUGAUCUUCAAGAGAAUCCUGCAACAUCCGUGCCUUUUACCCUCGGUGGACAAACCAGAUUCUGCCAACUCCUACAGUGUGAGGCCCCAUCACCGUGUGCAUCCAAUCCAUGUAUUAAUGGCGGUACAUGUAUUGAGCAGGGAGAUGGAUUCAUCUGUAAUUGUCCCGAUGCUUGGGUUGGAAUCCGAUGUCAAACAGUUAAUCCCUGUUUUCCAAACAACCCAUGUCUUAACGGAGGGAUGUGUAUCCCGGAGGACGAUGGGACAUUCCAAUGCGUGUGUGUCAAUGGCUACACAGGCUUCUCGUGUGCCAUACCACCAGAUCCAUGUAAUUCCUUGCCAUGUUCCAAUGGUGGGACUUGCAGUCGCAUAGGACAAAGCACCUAUUUCCUUUGUAACUGUCCCGUCGGUUACAGUGGUGCUACUUGCUUGAACAGAGAUCGAUGCAUACUAGAGUCUCCUUGUCUGAAUGGAGCAACAUGUCUUCCUGACAUCAAUUUGGCAACCUACCAGUGUAUCUGUCAACAGGGAUUUAAGGGCGUUAAUUGCCAGUUCCCUGAUAUCUGCUUCCCGAACCCAUGCCAGAACCAAGGUACAUGCUCUUCUGAUGCUUUUGGACAGAGUUAUACAUGUAAUUGCCCUGCUGGAUUCCAAGGGUUGAACUGCCAAACUGUAGAUUUGUGUUUUACGAGCCCGUGUUCAAAUGGAGGAACGUGUUUAUUGCAGGGUGAUACAAGACUUUGUCAGUGCUUGCCCCAAUACAGUGGAGACCGUUGCCAAUUUAAUAAUCCAUGUCUGCCUAACCCUUGUGCAAAUGGAGGGACAUGUACGCUAGAUUCGUCAGGGCAGUUGCCUAUUUGCCAAUGUCUGCAAAGUUUUACUGGGCCGAGCUGUAGCGUUCCAAAUCCUUGUGUGAAUAACCCUUGCCAGAAUGGAGGAAUCUGUCAACCUUCCCUGUCUGGUGCUUCCUAUACCUGUGACUGUAACGACCUUCUCUGGACAGGACUCAAUUGCAACACAGCAGUUAUCUGUGUAGUACUUCCUUGUCUUAAUGGUGGUACUUGUAUCCCAUCUCUUGACGGAACAACCUUUUCAUGUCAGUGUCCUGUCGGGUAUGGAGGAAACCUGUGCAGCAUAAGUCUGCCCUGCAACUCCAACCCCUGCUCUAAUGGAGGAACCUGUAUCAGUGAUGGCAGUACAUUCAGUUGUGCUUGUCCUACGGGUUUCCUGGGUGACAGAUGCGAUAUUUCAAAUCCUUGCCAGCCGAACCCCUGUGUAAAUGGAGGUAUAUGUGGCGUUACAUCACAGGGCCUUCAGUUCACCUGUACUUGCCCCAGCUCAAGAUACUUUGGUCCAACGUGUAAUUUACAAGAUGGCUGCAAUCCUGAAAAUCCUUGCCAGAAUCAAGGUGUCUGUAGUGCUACUGAUUUCUUAGGCAACUAUAUUUGCACCUGCCCCCAAGGGUGGUCUGGUGAAAUCUGCCAAAUUUUAGUGAUGCUGCCACAUGGUGUGGAUGAUAAUAAUGAUGAUUACUAUGGUGAUGAUGAUGUUGAUGCUGCUAAUGAUGCUAAAGACGAUGAUGAUCCCUGUGGCGUAAACCCUUGCCUGUUUGGUGGGCAGUGUUUUGACGAUCCUUCGCGAGCAAGUGGAUUCAGAUGCGUAUGUACAUCUGGGUACACAGGAGAAACAUGUAACCUGAUUGACCUAUGCAGUGCAACACCCUGCUACAAUGGAGGAACCUGCACGUUGAUGAGUGGAGGCAAUGACUAUGACUGUACCUGCUUGGAAGGGUACUAUGGAGAUCAGUGUCACUUGCGUCAUCCAUGCAAUCCUAAUCCUUGUCUCAAUGGUGGUGUGUGUAAUUCCAAUACAAACACCGAGCCGGUCACGUACACCUGUACAUGCUUGACGGACUUCACUGGUACUAACUGUGAAACCAACGAGCUGAUUUGUCCAAUCCCAAGUCAAUUGAAGUGUUCAAACGGUGAUUGUGUUGAUGGACAGCGCUGCAACAUUUUUGUGGAUUGCCCAGAUGACUCGGAUGAAACAAGCUGCCCCUUCCCUUGUCAAAGUGGAAUGUUCCAGUGCACCUCCAUCCUGCGGUGUAUCUCUUCAUUGCUUGUCUGUGACGGGAUCAACCAUUGCCAGGAUGGGUCGGAUGAGGGACAAGUGUGUUUCACAAGAAUGGAAGGGGGAAUGUAG